GGUCAAGAUUUCCUCAGCACCGGAGCAAGUACACGGACCUGGAGUGAUAGAGGAGGCGUGUAUAAAGCCCCACAGCCACAGAAUCCGCAAACUCUCUCCGUCGCGUGGGUUGAGCGGUGGUAUACGGCUCCUCUGCGUCGCCGUUUCUGCCGAUUCAGACAUGUUUAGGCGUGCGCCAAGGAGGAGCAACAACACAAAGUACUAUGAGGUGCUUGGCGUCUCUAAUACCGCCACCCAGGAUGAGCUUAAAAAGGCAUACCGGAAGGCUGCUAUAAAGAACCACCCUGACAAGGGUGGUGACCCAGAAAAGUUUAAAGAACUAUCUCAAGCUUACGAGGUGCUUAGUGACCAAGAGAAGAGGGAGAUAUAUGACCAAUAUGGGGAGGAUGGUCUCAAGGAGGGAAUGGGAGGAGGCAGUAACUUCCAUAAUCCGUUUGACAUAUUUGAGCAAUUUUUUGGGGGUGGUGCCUUUGGGGGGAGUAGCUCAAGAGUACGCAGACAGAAACGCGGUGAGGAUGUGGUGCACUCAUUGAAGGUGUCUUUAGAAGAUGUCUACAAUGGGGAUACCAAGAAAUUAUCGUUAUCACGGAAUGUUCUCUGCUCAAAAUGCAAGGGGAAAGGAACCAAGUCUGGGGCACCUGGAACAUGCUAUGGUUGUCAUGGUAUAGGAAUGAAGACUAUAACUAGACAUAUAGGAUUAGGCAUGAUCCAACAGAUGAACACUGUUUGUCCUGAAUGUAGAGGGUCAGGUGAAAUCAUAAGUGAAAGGGAUAAAUGUGCAAGCUGCAGAGCCAACAAAGUUGUUCAAGAGAAAAAGGUUCUUGAGGUUCAUAUUGAGAAAGGAAUGCAACAUGCCCAAAAGAUUGUAUUCCAGGGUGAAGCUGAUGAGGCUCCUGACACAGUGACUGGAGAUAUUGUUUUUAUCUUGCAAGUUAAAGACCACCCAAGAUUUAAGAGGAAAUAUGAUGACCUGUUCAUUGAGCACACGAUCUCUCUGACUGAGGCUUUAUGUGGAUUCCAAUUCGUUUUGACCCAUCUUGAUGGUAGGCAGCUUCUAAUCAAGUCCAAUCCUGGCGAGAUUAUUAAACCUGGUCAACACAAGGCCAUAAACGAUGAGGGUAUGCCCCAGUAUGGCCGGCCUUUCAUGAAGGGCCGUCUCUUUGUGGAAUUCAAUGUAGAGUUUCCUGAAACUGGCACCCUCUCCCCUGACCAAUGCCGAGCGCUUGAGAAGGUCCUGCUACAAAGGGGUGGGAGCCAACUAUCAAACAUGGAGCUGGAUCAGUGCGAGGAGACCAUCAUGCAUGAUGUCAACAUAGAAGAGGAGAUGAGGCGCAGGCAGUACCAAAGGCAGCAGGAAGCGUAUGACGAGGACGAGGAGCACGCUGCUCCAAGGGUACAGUGUCAUCAGCAGUAAGAAGUGAGAACAGUUUCACGCAGAUUUAAGUAGCUCUUGAUGCGUGAGAAUUUUAUAUAGUGUAUCUCAGUAUGUGUGACUCUUAUUGUCUGGGAUUUGAGUCUUCUUAUUGUCAGUCAUAUUAAUUAAGGGGAUGGCUUUUCUUGGCCUUAUACACAAGCAGUUGCCAGCUGGGCAUUUAUACUGGUCAAACUAUCUACUUUCUAUGCAACGUAUGGUUAUAAUAUGGCUUAGUUACGACGUA